AUGUUACUUUGUCUCAGCCCCCAGGAACAAUUCUGUGAGGAACUGAACGCACACACAACUAGGAGAUUACCAGACGGAAGAUACGAGGUACGAUUGCCAAUGAAACAGGAUUUCGAAAAACACCUCGGACAUUCCAAAACACGUGCAGUGGCCCAGUUCAAACAGUUAGAAAAUCGUCUACUCAGCAAUGAUAAUCUGCGUCACAAUUAUCAAGAAUUUAUACACGAGUACGAGAAACUAGGACACAUGAAAGAAUGCUACGAACGCAAAAAGCCUCUGUGUUAUUUACCACAUCAUGGCGUAAUAAGAGAAUCUUCUACCACUACAAAGUUACGUGUUGUGUUCAACGCAUCUUCCAAAACAUCUACGGGAAGUAGUUUGAACGAUUUGAUGGAAUGUGGCCCUAAACUACAACGUGAUAUACAAAAAUUACUACUCAGAUGGCGCACUUAUGAAUUCGUGUACACAGCAGAUUUUGAGAAGAUAUAUAGAUGUAUUCUCCUGCAAUCUGAUCAACAACAGCUUCAGAAGAUCGUAUGGCGAGAUCAGCCGCAAGACAUUUUGAAAGAAUACAACCUUUGCACUGUUACCUACGGCAUGAAAGCUGCACCCUUCUUAGCUAUGCGUACAAUGCAUCAACUGCAAGUGACGACCAACAUAAAUACCCCUUGGCAGCUGAAGUGCUCAGAAAUGACUUCUACGUCGACGAUCUCCUAG